AUGGCGAACGCAGAGGAGGAGGAGGACGUCGAGGAGCCCCUCGACUGCGGCAUCUGCUUCCUCCCACUCGACGUGCCGCCGACCUUCAUGAUACUGCGAAGCUGGGCACCUGAUCUGCUCGCCCUGCCGCGACAUGCUCGGGGUGGCGGCGGGGACGUGCCACGUCUGCAGCGCCAAGGCCGCCGCCUCGGCUCUCGCCGGAGCCUCGACCGCGACGUCUGGCCGGCCUACUACGAGCCCCACGACCACAGCGGCGCGCUCCACGGGCCGUGCCGCUGCCCAGGCGACGCCCGCGGCUUCGUUGGCAGCACGGCGGCGCUCCUCUGCCACUUCGUCAGCACACACGACUGGCCGGUCCACACUGGGGUGACCUCCGAGGACAGCUUGGGUUCUCCAUUCAUCAAUUGA